AUGACGUCACUUUCAAGAUCCCUGUUUGUAUUCAUAGUAUCUAGUCCCUUCCCUUUAUCUCCCUGUAUUCUAGUUGCUGCUGCGCACGCCAUUGCUGAAGAAAGACGGAGUCAGAGUGGUUUCUGCCCCCUUCCAUCUCAGUCUGCAAAUAUAAGAUCAGCUUUUAAACCAGUAAUCGAUGGAUCCGUGCUUAAAAGCGUUGUGAAGCAGAGGUUGGCAAAAGAACGUAGAGAAGAGAAGACCAGACAGCAAGAAGCUAAUAAGGAAACACAACUGCUUGAAAAAGAAAGAAAGUCCAGGAUCCAGUAUGAAAAACAGAUGGAAGAGAAGCAACGAAAACUGAAAGAACAAAAAGAAAAGGAUGAGCAGCGGAGAAUAUCUGCAGAAGAAAAAAGGAAACAAAAAUUACAGGAAGAAAGGGAGAAAUUUAAAGCUGUUCUCUAUCGGACAUCGGAACGGAGCAACCGUGUUGAUCAUCGUCAAAAAAGAUGGUCAUGGGAAGGCUCUACAUCCAUGAACCCAGAAACCAAAACUGCUAAUACACGUUCUGUAUCGACUGAAAAACUUGAACAAGAGACUUCUGGUUUACACAAACAAACGUCUGUGUCAUCUGCAGGUCUUCAAAAUUCUGUUGCAAAGAAAAAAAUAGAGAAGAAGAGAAGCUCAUCCUUGAAUAGAAGAUCUAACAAAUUGCAGACACCUGGAGAAACUGUACAAGUAGAAGAAAAACCAACUGCUCGUCACCCGUAUACCAGUCUUCGGGAGAAUGAUUUAAUCACUCGCCUGCUUGUCCCUACAAAAGCAUCAAUAGCCAGGAGCAAAAGUGCUGUUUCUUUGUCAGUUCCCGGGAAAGAUACUCCAGGCACCCACAGUACUUUAAUCCAGUAUAUAAAUAUGCCCUUGCGUAGCCGUAGCAGUGACGAAUUGAAGAAUACCACAGUGCUUCGCAAGGCAGCCGUGGCAGGGCCUCCCCAGGAGAAGGUGGACACGGCCCCCCAUGUGAGUGUGGAAGCGUCAUCUGAGGCCAGUGUGGAAGCGGCUCCCAAGGCUAGUGUGGGCCUGUCACCCGAGGCCACGGUGGAAGCAUCGCCUGAGGCCAGUGUGAAAGCACUCCCCAAAGAGAGUGUGGGAGCGUCCCCCGAGGCAUCCCCCAAGGUGGGCACGGAAACAUCUUCCCAGGUGAAAGUGAGCGACCCUCCACAGAAAUCAGAGCUGGACAAACAGGCCUCAAAGCCUGCUACCAAGAAGCGCCUGGUGUCGCACAUACCGUGUUAUAAAUGGCCGUCUUCUUCUGUGAGUGGGCGGCGCCCGCCUUCCCCCGUCACUGUUAACAGGCAAAUGCAAAAGAUUCGCCCCCCAUCACCAUCACCCGUCAUGUCAAAACAGUCACAGUCUCCUCUUUCCUAUAAAAUAAUCCCUGUUCACCGUAGCCUGUUGGCACAAAAUGCAUUAGGUACUCUUGGAAAGAAAAGAGAAGGAGUGCCUAAAACUGCUAACAGCUCCGAGGCUGUGAGCCAAAAGCAGAUGGUCUGUGAAGGUAAGCUCCUUUACAUGUGCUGUGUCAUUAGCAAAACGAAGGGCGUAGCAGGGAAAGCUGUGGAAGGCCAACAAGAAGAAUUCUUGAAACUGGAAGAUGGGCAGCAACAGAAGGAAAUAAAGAAAGGAUGUCCAGAUCCAGAAGACCAGAAAGUGCUACUACAGAAAGGGGCCGCCAAAAUAAAAGCUCAGGAGGAGGCUGAAAAACGCAAGAAGGAACAGGAGAGAAUUAUGUUACAGAAUUUGCAGGAGAGAUUAGAGAGAAAAAAGAGAAUUGAGGAAAUUAUGAAGCGGACGAGAAAGACAGAUUCAAAUGCCUCAAAGGCUGCAGAACCAUUUGUUGAUAACACGUACGAGGAGGACGAGGCGGACGACGAGGACGAGUCGGAAAGUGACGACGAUUCCUUUGAUGACCUGCGUCCAUCAGCCUUUAUAAAUGGCAUGGAUUCAUCCACAAAACUCAAAACACAUUUUAAAAACAUGAAGAAGAACACUCCCAAGCUGGUGUUUUUAGACGCCACUUCUGGCCAAGUCCAUAGAGAGACAAAAACAUUUUUUAAUGGCGACAUGAAAAACUUCAGACAAAAAAGUGCGAAAGACCCUUUGGCUCAGGCAAAGGGUACCAGAUCGUCCAGCAAAAGAAUGACCAGCCGAGCAGCAAAAACCAGAAAGGCAAGUGAAACCUGUAACACCGUGGGACCCUCCAAGAGUUUAUAUCCAGAGGCACAGGAGUGGAUCUGUGACAAAAUUAUUGACAUCAGAAAUGAGGCAGAGUCCCUUAUGUCCAGUAUCCCUCCUGAUAGCCGAAAAUACCAUCUGAAAGGUUCCAUGACAUUCCACCAGAGUCCCCCGUUGCCUUUACACAACAAGAAAAGCAAAUCUGUUCCUGCUCCAUCGGAUCUGUAAACUUCGCGCAGCCCAGAAGAGAAUUCGUCAUCUACUCUGGAUCUCAACUUCCAGACUCCCUAAAUUUUGUGCCUCUGACUACCAAAAUGACCAUCAAAAACAGGGAAAACAUCAGACAGACACCUUAAUGUCACCUUAAUGCUCAGAAGCAGGUUAUCAUCUUGACUCUUGCCAACAGCAAGGGCUCUGAGUAAAGAGUCAUUUUUGUUUUCCUGUAAAAACCUCCACUGUCUCGUUCUUGUUUUCCGGCCGGGGUGUGUGAGCGCACCCAGCAGUGGUCACUCGUGAGUUUCUAAGCUGAGGGGGAAUUUUCUCUCUUAAAGUACUGCUUAUCCCGUUUAACAGGUACAUUACUUCAGCAAUUCAGAACAGACGUUCGAUCUCGUAGAGGCCGUAUGGGGUGUGCGAGGGACUCGGGAUUGCUCACAAGAGCUCUGCUGGCUUGUUUCUAAUAAACAGGAGGUUGCAAAAUGUAGUACGUCACAUGUUACCAUUACGUCUGUAUGUUUUUAACUCUGCCAUCACCCGAGUGCAUAGGCCCUGGCACCCCGAGAUGCUCCAGGUCCUAGAAAGUGUGCCCUCGGGACAGUGUUAGCACCUGCCGUGCUCAUCAGUGUUACUUUGUUGAAGUGCACCUUGGGGGCUUAUUUCCAAAACUGUGCAGUGUUUUUAUUGCACCUAAAGCAGUAUCUGGCUGCUGUCCGGCGGGGCACAUGCCAUUCCCCUGGGUGUUGGCAGCAGGUCGUCUUUGGGUCCUCGUGCCCACCAGGCCUGCGCUUUGGGGUGCGGGCCCAGAGCUGCUUGCCUUUCCCUAGCCACUGGCUGCGAGUGAGCACAGAAGCAGUGCCAUUCUUUGGUCCCCGUGAUAGAUAGGCGUGCAUACACGUCUGCGCACACACAGGAUAGGUUUCCUGAAAUCCGUCAAAUUCUGCUUAUACACACCAUUGACUAAGACUUGAGUGCACAAACCCCUACCCCUGAUGGGUUUUCUGGUGAAUCACAACGAGUUUCAGGCAGGCCUGUGUUCCUUUCUAGCCACCAGCCUUGGAUUAGUGAAAGGAAGGAAUUCUUUCUGAUCCCUUAGUUCUUGGCCAUUCAGAGGACUGUACCGUUGUUGUGGAUUAGAGCUUGGUGCCUUAGAGUUGAAAACUGUUUUUAUACACUAGCUCUUUCGUAUAGAAGGCAGAGACAGUCAUCCUGACAAAUGAGUUUCUGGUAUUUUUCUGCACAAAUGUCACAUGUUGGAACACUGUUACACCCGCAUUUGUAUGUGUGCUCUGUAAAAUAAACUUUGCAGAUAAAGCAA